UCAUCCCUUUUCUGAAGCCAGGAAGACUAUUGUUGACAUUUUAACAAAUGACGAACGGUUCUCUAGCCUUCUUGAAGCUUUACAACGUACUAGGCUUAUACCACUCCUUAAUCACUUAGAGACUGGUACCUUUUUUGCCCCUACAAAUGAAGCUUUCGAGGAUGACCCUUUUGUUACCAAAGAUCGUAUGCUCUACCAUAUUUUGUAUGAAGAGAUUAAGGGUGAAGAGUUUUUUAAUGGUCAACUCUUAACAACACGUUAUGAGAUAAUGGAGAAGCUUGGUGAUGGUAAAGUUGGUCAGAAAUCUAAAGUUGAGAAAGUUACCGAAAAGCUGGGACAGGAAGUAACGUAUGUUGGGAAUGGGAAAAUUAUCCAGACUGAUCUUCAAGCUGACAAUGGUAGUGUUCCAUUUAAACAUUUUUGUAUUUAA